AUGCACAGCUCUACUACCACACUUCUUCUCAUCGCUGCUACUACAGUCAAUGCCAUUGGCAUACGCGACGACUGUAAAGACGUACACAUCUUUCUUGCAAAGGGCAACAAUGAGCCUUACCCAGGACGACAGGGAAAACUGGCUGGUGCUAUCUGCAGCGGUUUAAAGAGCUGCGACUAUGAAGACAUCCAGUUCCAGAACGCUCUUGAAGACCCGUUCUGCAAUUCUGUCACGGAGGGUGUAAAGAAUGGCAUCAAGCAGAUCACAGCGUACAACAAGAGAUGCCCAGACUCUAAACUCGUCGUGAGCGGCUACUCGCAGGGCGGCCAAGUCGUCGGCGACAUCCUCGGCGGCGGAGGCGGCGUGUUCUUCCAGAACUGCGUAGAACCUGACCUGCAGGGAUUGAAUCCCAAGACACUACCUGGAAGCAAGAUUGUUGCUGCGAUGGUGUUUGGCGAUACGCGACAUACCAAGGAUCAGCCGUACAAUGUGCUCUCUGGCAAGGGGAAGGAUGGCUUGUUUCCUAGACCGGCGGGCAUGUUGGAGAAUCUGGCGAGUUAUGGGGAUGUUUUCAGGAAUUACUGUGUUGAGACGGAUCCGAUUUGUGCACAGGGCGAUGAGGUCGAGACGCAUCUUAAUUACUUUGAUGUGUUUACUGAUGACGUUGCGGCGUGGGUGAAGGAGAGGGUUGCGGAGGACUCAACUACUACUGCUACGACGGCUGCAACCAAGACGAGUACAAAGGCGAAGAGUACGGCCAAGGAGACGAGUACAAAGGAGGAGGAGACUGAGUCUACCAGCGAAGCCGCGUCGACAACAAAGGACUCUUCAACAGUCUCAACAACAAGAGAUGCUUCGACCACCGCUGCUGCAUCCACCACAGCCGACGCAAGCUCUACCACAGACGCAACCUCAGCCUCAGGUCGAGCCACAGCCGGUGAAGCAUCAUCAGACGCCGCAGCGCCGUCAUCAACAGACAACGCAGCCUCGUCAAAGGGCGCAUCACUAAUGGGCAUGAUAAUCGGCGUCGCAGCUCUUUUGGCAAUCUAA